AUGUUGACAUGGAAAACAGAUGAAAAAAAUGGAGACCCGUCCGACCAGAGACCCCAGCUCAAAGAGAGAUGGCCCGCAACAUCCCAGUGGACACAAGGGGACAUGAUGGGUGGGUGGACUGACUCUGGGGACAGAGAGGUAGUCAGAGGGGAAUUAAAGAUAGCACAACAACAUCCACUGCUUGAUGGCACAACAACAUCCACACCACAGCAUCCACACGACACGUUAGGAGAUAUAGUGCGUAGACUUUUUAAAUUAAACCAUCAAAUAAUGGCGGUAUCGCAGAGAUUGCCAAGCGUUAAUGGCAAUUAG